UGUGCGGUGUGUAGAAGUCAGGGUAGUGCUGAGGAUGACAGUGUGCGCUCUAUUACAGGGAGCAGAGUCCUCUUCUCAUUGAUUGUGUGUACAUUCACACAAGGGCUUCCGUACAAAGGUGCAAUAUGAAGAUAGCGAGCGCCCUGUUUAAUGCCAUAUUGCUGCUAAUAGUAGCCUUAGGGGUCAGAGAUGUAUUCUUCGCCUAUGAGGGGAAUAGGUGCAGCAUGACUUAUAUGUUCGAGUAUCCCGAGUAUCAGAAAAUAAAGCUUCCCAAAAAGCUGCAAGAUUCUUUCCAGCAUAUGAACUCUAUUUGUACGGUGAAGGUAGUUAUGCCGAAAUGAACAAACAACUAUCCUUAAAUGGAAGUCCAGUUUUGUUUCUUCCCGGGAAUGCUGGCAGUUAUAAGCAAGCUCGCUCUAUCGGCUCAAUUGCUCUUCGUAAGGCAGAAAACAUUGAUUAAUAUAUACCACUUCGAUGUUUUCAGUGUGAAUUUAAUGAGGAGCUUGUUGCAUUUUAUGGUGGCAGUUUACAAAGGCAAACCCAGUUUGUAAAUAUUUGCAUUAAAGCAAUACUGCAUCUUUAUAAGAAUCAGGAAUUUCCUCCACAAAGUGUUAUAAUUAUUGGACAUUCAAUGGGCGGCCUUAUUGCAAGAGCAUUAUUUACAUUGAAGACUUUUAAUCCUCAACUGAUAAACCUCAUUAUAACUCAAGCUACACCCCAUUUAAUGCCAGUGUUGACCAUAGAUUAUUACCUCACUGAUUUUUAUGCCACAGUGAAUAAUUACUGGAUUCUGAAUGCCAAGAAACUUCAAAAUGUAACAGUACUUUCUGUUGCGGGGGGAUUUCGGGACUUUCAAGUUCGUUCCGGAUUGACGUUUUUACCAGCUUCAGACCUCUACACCAGUGCCUUAUCUCUAGUGAGUACUUCCGUUCCAAGAACAUGGGCAUCAACAGACCAUCUUUCCAUAGUUUGGUGUAAAGAGUUGAUUUUAGCCACAGCAAGAGCUUUAUUUGACCUAAUUGAUGAGCAAACAAAACAGAUCACAAACGAUCCUGAAAAAAGAAUGACUGUUUUAAGUCAUCACUUCGUGAGACAUCCAGCAAAGCAAUACGAGUCAUCAUAUGAAACAAUCACAAGUGUUCCAGUGUUCUCAACAUGGGUUUUAGUUGAAACAAGAAAGUGGAAGCACUCGGUUACUGGUGCAUGCAGUGAAACCUAUUUUGCCUUUCCUCUUCUAGAUAAAAGAAAUGUUCAUAGUCAUUUUCAUUGCCGAAGCACACACUUGUACACGAACAGUUGGAUUUUUGGCUGUAUAGAAGGUUCAGCUAAAUGUUUGAAAGUUGAAGACUUGUCAUGGAACACAGAAUUACUACCUUCAGCAAAGAGUGUAACACUAAAAUUGGAAAAAUUCCCUGCCACAACACAUUUCAUAAUUUAUCAACCUCGAACAAACAACACUGUGUUUUCAGUGGAAUGUGAAUUUUUAAAAGAAGAGGUGAAAACCAAGCAAUUGCCUGUUACACAUGCCCUUUCAUUUGGUUUCUCAUCAAGUAAUAUAAAGAUCAAUUCUUCUGGAUUGCUUCAUGUUUUGCAACUUCAGGGAUUCAGCAAGAUCUAUCAAGCAUUUGACAUCCUGAUUGAGAAGAGCUGUAAGGAGUCCAAAGAAAAUACACCAAAUUUUUUCAAGUUACAUGUACCAUGGUCACAUCAAGAUAUAAUUAGAACAUCCAGCAGCGAUGCCCAUCUCAGGCUAUUUGCCAAGCUUCAUGAUCCACAACCACAAAAUGACAGUAGAAUGGUAACCUUAAUGCUCUACACAUCUCAAGAUUGCAAUUAUGAGGUAACAAUUUAUACCUCCUUUUUUCAAAUGAUGGGGCAGAUGAUUAGAUUCCAUGGGGCAACACUUCCUGUGUAUAUCGUAUCCAAUUUAUUACUUGCAUAUGGAGCACAGUUGUAUUCACUAUCCAGCAAAGGGCACUGCUUGGAAUUUGAUGCAACAUUGGAUAUGGCUGCCAAGCCUUACAAAGUUGACCCCAUUAUAAAUAUUUGCAGAUUUCUUUUAGGGUAUGAGUGGUUUAAAAAUACUUGGGACAGCAUUCGGUUGCCACAGUUGGACUCAUCUGAGCUACAUUCUCUAGGAUUGCUGUUUCCUGUGGCAUCUCUGUUUCUAUUCAUGUUUGGAACUGGCGUGGCCUACUGGAGUGGUUUUUUUUUUAAGUCAAUAAUUGGAAUAUUGGCAGCAAUGUGGAGAAGGGUUAAAAGAGAUGCAAUGAUUCCAAAUGAAAGCAGAAAUUUUACAAAGAUGGUUUUCGUAGAGGCUUUAUUCUUUUCUCUUCUUUGUUGGAUGACUUGUGGCGCAUUAAGCAUUUUACUUGUUUUUAUUCGCUACUUUAUUAAGGUUGUGAAGAUGCAGUCUGAACUUUGGAGACACCCUCUGUCAAACAAUGGAGCUUCAAGGCAGACACCCAAUAGUAAGCAUGUUUCAAAUGAAAGUUCUGGAACUUCAACAGAUUCGGAGGACUUGGUGCCUACUUCACAGCAAGAAACUUCAGAUCAUCCGCAUUUUGAUUUAGACUUUAUGAUUACUUCAGACAACCUGAAGAUGCACAUUACAAUCAUGAAUUUACUUUUGUGGCUAACGCUGCUGGUUUUACCGUCCUUUAUCUACUGGGUAAAAAAUCUCAGGUAUAACAUCCAGCUGGACCCCGAUCCUAUCCGAUUACUGGCUAUUCCGCUUGCCUUGGCAGUGAUAAUUCUUAUGAACUCCACUGUAGUGUCAAUGAAAUCCAGCAAGCUCUUGAAGACUGCAGCUCAACUCCAGCUUCCCUUUUCUAUUCUGAUUGUGGCUUUUGGAACACUACAUGUAUAUAGAGUAUCUUAUUUUGUUGUGUUCUCUUUAUUCAUACAUGCAUUGACUUGCUUUCUUUAAAAGUGUAAGUAUCAAAUUAUAGAAAAAAAUUAUGAAGUCUUGCAGCCGUUUUUUAAGCUUGAUGGACUAAGUGCUAAAAUAGUUAAUACCAAAAAUUAUUUAAAUACAGUUGAAAAAUGAUCUUUAUUUUACAUACAUUUAAUUGUUUACAUACAACAAAGCAAUAUUUUUUUACUUAAAAUUGAACAUACAAUUUUGUAACAUCAUUCAGUGUUAAGUAUGAAAGUAUGUUCAUUUAAUACUUUGUAUAAUAGAUUCAGGAUUUCUUUCAUAUAAAUGUAUAUUUUUUAGAUCUCCUUUUUCUUUUAGUUUACAUGACAAAGUAUAUUUAUAGCCUUUUAAAAUAAAGUUUCAGUCAGAAGACAAUAAAA